AAUUAAUUAAUGAUGAGAAUGUAAUAUAGGUACUAUUACUACUAUAGAAUAAGGUUGAGACGGUGUUUUCAGCUUUUCAGUUCUUAGACCUUAGUACUUACUUUCACCGCGGCUUUACAUACUUGCUAUAUGCACUGAAUACCUAUGCCCGAUAGCCGUGCUUUAUACGAUAGUAUGAAUUAAAAUGGCCAUUCGCUGGACGUGCCAUUAACUCUUACAAUUUUUCCACUUUCUGGCCUGUCAAUUGUAAUACAUAUUUUCUUGCGAAGUCUUUAGAAACGUCAUGUCUGACGACGUAAACGAGAUCGAAGACAAAUUUAGAGAUAUUUAUUUACUCAGUAAGUUCGACGAAGACCUAAACGACGAUUUGAAAACGGCCAAGUCAAAAAGAAAGUGCUUGUACCAGGCAUAUUCCUUGGCUAACUCUUUGAAAGAAACUGAUUGGAUAUGGAACCACAUGAGAUCUGAAUUAAAAUCUUACUCAAAUCUUAUUGACAAUAAAAAAGGAGUAAAUAAUUUUAUGUCCGCUAUUGAUGAAUUAACUUUAGGAACAAACAAUGUAAAAAACUGGAAGAUGAAGACCAAGUUUGAUGUUACAAAACCUGUUAAUGACUUUAAAAAAUCUAUUAAAUGUAUAGAUCUUCAAACCUGUACGAUUGAACCUGGCAAAGAAUUUUACUUGAGUUUUCCAAAAAAACCCAAUGUUUUUCAAAAUGCAAAUAUUUCUAAUAAACAAGUUCAUACAAAUUCUUUUAGAAAUGAAUCACCUACUCAGAUAUUUCAGAUUGAUAAUCAUAAAACAUGUAUUAAAACUCCACCAUCUACAUUUCAGCCUGUUAAUAAUAGAAAAAGAAGUAAAUAUGAUGAAGAUUCAUCUCCACAGCCUAUCUUAAAAAAUAAACGUGAAGAACCUUAUAUUAACCAAUCUCAAUUGAAUGGCUUUCAUACUGCAAAAACAGAAUUGCAUAUUCAAGUUAAAAAACAAAACAAUGUAAAUUCUAGUACUUCAGAAACAUUUAUUAAAAAGUCACUAGGUGUGAAUAAAUCCCGUAGUGUAAUUAGCAAAUUUGUCAAUCCAUCAACUAAUAAUCAAAAUCACCACGGAAAAGAUGAAGUAAAAAAUGAAUCUACUAUUGAUGAAAAUCCAUAUUUAAAAAAUAUUGAUCCUAAGAUGGUUGAAAUGAUUAGAAAUGAAAUAAUUGAAUGUAAAAAUCUAAUCACAUGGGAUGACAUAUCUGGACUACAAUUUGCUAAAAAUACUAUACAAGAGUCAGUUAUUUGGCCUCUUUUGAGACCAGAUAUAUUCAAGGGAAUUCGAAGACCACCUAAAGGCAUAUUACUUUUUGGACCACCUGGCACUGGAAAAACUUUGAUUGGUAAAUGUAUUGCUUCUCAGUCAAACUCAACAUUUUUUAGUAUAAGCGCAUCAACUAUUACAUCUAAAUGGAUUGGAGAAGGAGAAAAGUCUGUAAGAGCUCUAUUUGCAGUAGCAAGAUGUCAUCAGCCUGCAGUCAUUUUUAUUGAUGAAAUUGAUUCAUUGUUAUGUCAAAGAAGUGAACAAGAACAUGAAAGUUCUAGAAAAAUUAAAACUGAAUUUCUUAUUCAACUAGAUGGAGCUGGUACAAAUGAUGAUGAUAGAAUAUUAAUAAUUGGAGCUACAAAUAGACCCCAAGAAUUAGAUGAAGCUGCCAGAAGAAGACUUGUAAAAAAACUUUACAUUAGAUUACCUGACCCACAAGCUAGAAAAGACAUGAUUAAAAAGUUAGUGGAUUCAGAAAACCAUGUUCUAUCUGAUGAUGACUUAGAAAAAAUUGCCUCCCUCAGCAAUGGUUAUUCUGGAGCAGAUAUGAAAAGUCUGUGCCAAGAAGCAUCUCUUGGACCUAUUCGAUCCAUGAGUUUUGAUAUGAUUAAUAACAUAGAAGCUGAUCAAGUACGUCCAAUUAAUUUACAAGAUUUUCUAUCUGCAUUAAAGAUUGUCAUGCCCAGUGUAUCUUCUGAAGAUUUAAAUCAUUAUGUGACAUGGAAUGACAAAUUUGGGUGUAGUGAUACUGGAUGUAGUACCCAGUCAAAUAGUUAAACAUAGCUAAAUUAGUUUACGUUUUUUUACUAUUACAAUAAACAAUAAAAUAUUUUUUUUAAAUAUGAUAUUUUCAAA